UAAAAAGCCGUACGUAACAGAAAAAAAACAAACACAGAUAUGUUAAUCCAUCGAUCUAGUUUUUAGAAAGAUUUAUAUUAUUACCUAUAUUUUUAAAACCAUUUCCAUUCUGACAAUUUUUGUGUCGUUUUAUUAAUUUUGAAAUUAACUGUAAUCAAAUAAAUAUGUCACUUGUUGCUGCAUAUAGUGAAAGUAGUGAAGACGAAAAAGAAGAAGAAGAAAAUCAUUCCGAUAAAAAGACCAAUGAGUUAUCAGUUGAAGAUUUAAAAGCAAAACAAUUUCGAACUCAAGAUUCUUUUCAAAUUGAAAUUUUAGAUGACGAAGAUUGGUCAUAUACUCCGCAAAACGAUGCUGUUUCAUCAAAUUCAGUUUCAAUUUUUUCUAGUUUACCAUCUUCGAAUAAAGAGAAAACGUUGUACGAAGAAGAAAAAGACGAUGAGUUUUUAAAAAUAAAAGCAUUUUCCGACGAAAUCAAACCUGGUCUUAUUAUAAAUAAUAAAGAAGAAGAAGCGAAAAAAUUUAUGAACUUACCUCAGCCAGUAAAAGGAGGAAAAAAAGGAAAAGUCAAAAUUUCACUUCCUACUUAUACUAGUGGAAAUGAUUCAGAAGAUGAAAUAGGUAGUAAUCAAAUUUGUGGCGAAGAAAAAGGUAUAUUAUCUAAGAAUAAAAGCUCUCUUGUAGCCAUUCUUCCUAAGCCAAAGAACAGUGUUUGUGUUGGAGAAAACAAAAACAAAGUAUUUCAAAAACAAGUUAAUCGACAACUUGUUCCUCACACUCUGAAAAAAACACUAGUAAGUAAUAAGGGUCAAUUACAACAACUAAAUAAUGAAAAGAUUAACAAAAGUCAAGAUGAACUGAGCGAAGAUGAAGACGUAAUAAAUGGUUGUAAUUUUUUUAGCUUAGGUGACAAUACUUCAAGUAUUGAGGAUAAAGAUCAAUCAAAUUUAAAUGAUUUUAAUGUAUCAAGAGACAGUCUUCAACCUGCUUCAACAGUACAACAACUGUGUCACUCUCCAAGUUUAAAAGAUAAGGAAUCUUCUGCAUUAUUCUCUGAGCCAAUUGACUCUCAAAUACCAAAAAAAGAAAACUCUUAUUUUUCAAAUUUAUUUUCAAAAAAGAUAACUAAUGACUCCACAUUAACUGGUGUUAAUGACUCCACAAAUCUGAUUAAAUCAGGUAAUUCCAAUGUUUCUGAAAAUUUAAACAAAAUAAGUUCUAAUGGAUCUCCACAUCUAAAACAAAGUUAUAGUGAUGUUACCGCUCCUUAUGGUAGUGCAGAAUUUAACAGUAUAACCUCGAGUACUCUACAAAAUUCAAACACAAAAUAUGUUGAAAAUCAGCAUUUUGAAAGUAAAACGGAACCGUUUUUUGCUUAUGGCUAUCAGAAAACUUACAAUGAACCUGAAAGCAUACUAACUGUUGACCCUGUUGAUGUCUACCACCAAUCAAAUGUUGACACACUAUUAGAUAAUGAUGCUAUAAAAGCACUUGUUGGAGGAAAAAGAAAAUUUAGAAAAGAGGAUAUUAAUAUUAUUGAUGUGAAAGGAGAAGAUUUACAGCUUUCAAAGGGAGAAUACCUAAAGAAUCUUACGCAAGAUUCAGGCUAUAGACCUAAAGUUUCUAAAAAAGAUGAACCUCGUAAAUUAGAGAAAAGAAAACAUCAAAUUACAUAUCUGGCCUAUCAGGCAAAAGAAAGGGAACACGAGCUUCGCCAAGCAUGGUCAAUCAGCAAAGCAACCCGGCGCGAUACACAAUCGAAGUAUGGUUUUUAAAUCAAUCAUUGUUCGUCCACGUGCUUUUUGAAUCACAAAUUUUAAUUAUGCGAUUACAAAGUUUCUCAAAUAGCUGCGAUACAACACUAUACUUUGCAAUAAGUUGUUCAAUGUUUGCAAUGAGUGUUCCAUGAAUCUUACCACCAGAAGCAUCUGGUGCUACUUUGAUUUUUCCAACAUAUAAAUUUGUAAAUAUUAAAUUUUGAUGAGGUUUACAAUGGAUGUGUUUUACAGUAUGAUGACGGAUGGCCUGUAUCCAUAUCUUUAAUCAAUGAAAUUAAGUUUCUUAUCGCUUCAUGCGAUGUCAACAAUGCUGAAUCUAUUAAAAAACGCAACUACUUCACUAUAAUUGAUUCUUUUGAACGUAGAUGAGACUGAUUGAUUUUAUUGGAUGUGCUUGUAACAAUUUAUUGGGUAUACAUUAAAUCUAAAAAGUAUCGUGAAAGAAGUCACUUGAAAGCUGUAAAUAAUUUAAACGAAAUAAAAAAAAAAAUUAUACAUGGA